AUGGGUCGAUCUCCAUGCUGCGAUAAGGUUGGUAUUAAAAAAGGGCCAUGGACACCAGAAGAAGAUCAAAAACUCUUAGCUUAUAUUCAAGAACAUGGCCAUGGAAGCUGGCGCGCCUUGCCCUCCAAAGCUGGGCUUCACAGGUGUGGCAAAAGUUGCAGAUUGAGAUGGACUAACUAUCUGAGACCUGAUAUUAAAAGAGGAAAAUUCAGUUUACAAGAAGAACAAACCAUCAUUCAACUCCAUGCCCUAUUAGGAAACAGGUGGUCGGCUAUAGCUUCGCACUUGCCUAAAAGAACUGAUAAUGAAAUCAAGAAUUACUGGAAUACACAUGUUAAAAAACGGUUGUCCAUACUGGGGAUUGAUCCAGUGACUCACAAGCCAAAAAAUGAUUUCUCCAUCAUGUCUGAUGAUGGUGAUCAGACGUCCAAGAAUGCAGCUAACCUUACGCAUAUGGCUCAGUGGGAGAGUGCCCGCCUAGAAGCUGAAGCAAGAUUGGCUAGACAAUCAAAAUUACAUUCGAAUUCUUUCAAGGUUAAUCAGAUCAAUUCACCAGUACAAAUCACCUCCGGUGGUAAGAGUGGUGGUGGUGCUUUAAUGGCUGUGCUUGGUAGUGACAUGGAACCUACGCCGUCUACGUUUAGCUAUUCUGAUAAUGCACCACCAAUUUCUGCCGGAGAAAACUCCACUACGUUUGUGGAGAGGUUCACGGAACGUUUGGUUGGUAGUUCUGGGAACAGGAGUUUAUCCAACGGUGGUGAAAUGCCUGAUGUUGGUAGUGAUGGUGGUGGUGGCGGCGGCGGCGGUGGCAAUGAUUAUUGUGAAGAUAACAUGAAUUAUUGGAAAAGCAUUCUCAGUGCAGACUACGGUGGAUUAUGA